AUGCCGCCGCGGCUCCUGAGUAAACCCUAUUUUAGGGUCUUAAAUGCACCAUUUUUGGGACCUUCCCUAGCCUCGUCGAGCAGAUCGCAAUUCAGUAGCAACAGCCGCACAAAAACGAGGAAAGGCCAGAAUCCAUAUGCAAUUGCGCAGGCUCGACAACGGAAAGCGGCGAAUUUGUCCCGACAGGCUGUGUUGAAAAAAGAACGAGCUUCUUCUGCCUAUGGGGACCCCGUGCUCGGCAAUCCCACCCCCUUCAUCGAAUCGCUAAUGCCAAAGCGAUCCGCAGACUCUGCUAUCCUCACAUCUACGUCUGCGUCGCCGCAAGAAAGUAAGAAGGCGACAGAGUUCCAAUUUGCCUCCUCUCCGCAGGCUCCAGACCUCAACCACUACCUGACCUCUACGGAAUUCCAAGCGGCCCUUGAACGGUCGAAACACCUUACAGAGCCUGUGGUGAACAAGCAGAGCCAUUUAAGCGAUCCGCAAGCCAACGAGGAAGCUCGACUCGCACAUGAAGAAGCGCACCGUAACGCGCAACAAGCAAUGAGUCGAAUUAUCCAGCUGGAGAAUGGCAGCAACAAGGAUCGAACCCGGGUGAAUAUCCAGCGAUGCAUACAUACUUUUGGUAGACAUGUUACGGACUCAUUGCUCGAAUCCAAGCCGCCGGCGGCCAUCGAUCCCUCAGCGCCCCAGUAUCCAGCAAGACCAGCACGAGCGGGACCGGACACAGGUUCCUCCGAGGUGCAGGCUGCUAUUCUGACGACCAAGAUCCAGGUGCUUGCUCAGCAGAUAGCCAAGUACGGACACAAGGACAAACAUAACAAGCGGAAUCUCCGGGUGCUUGUUCACAGGAGACAGCGGCUGUUGAAUUAUUUGAGGAGGAAGGAGCGCGGGGGUCCGCGGUGGCAGAACUUGAUGAGUAACCUUGGGUUGACUGAUUCGUCUUGGAAAGGGGAAAUCAGUUUGUAG